GAAGCUUUGGUAGGCAAAGAUGCAAACGGGCACAGCUGUAGAUGCAGAACUGAUGCCAUCUGGUGUGAUUCUACAGAAUAAGAGAGAAAAUUUACCCAGAGUGUGCCAUGCACUGGCUUUUCUGGGAAUGACAAGGUGCCAGGAUUUGUUUUUGGUUCACUUGCAGGGGUGGAAACUUGGAACUAGGUUCCACGAUGGUCCCUAUAGCUCCCUACAAGAAGAAGGAGGAAACCCAGAGGGAAAAGAGGGCAUCCCAGUCUGAAUCUCUAUCCUUUUCAAGAGCUUUCUCAGUAGCCUGAAAACUUUUGCUUACGUCUCAUUGGCCAGAACUGUGUCAUUGGCUACUGCUAUCUGC